UUCCCUAGUGGAUUUAGGGUCCAAUAUAAGCCCAUUAGCCCAAAAACGGUAUGCACUAAUAUGCUCUUCUCGAGAAGGGGAAAGUUAAAAGUCGAGACUCUCUGUAUCACCCCUCAUGUCGUACCAGUGUCAAGCUAUGUCUGCGUGCCCUCUACUCAAUGGUCGAAGACUCCAUCGGAGAAAGCAAAAGUGGUAUGUUGUAUCUUGAACGCCUUAUGUUCAUUAACGGCUACCAAUCAAGCUGGUCAUCUGAUGAUUUACAGCAUCGUACCCCAACCUCCUCCCUCACAUGGAUUCAAGCUGCAUCUCCUGAUUUUCCUCAGAAUGAUCCAAACCCUAUGCUUUGGAUGUUAAAGCAACCCCUAUCUGACUACAACAACAUAGUCACCCGAUUCCUUGCCGUGCUGUUACUGCGGAUACUCUUCGUCCCGAUGAACACCAACACAUUGAAUCAUCUCUCAACGUCACAGUGUCUAAUGACGACCAUGACAACUAAUCCGUCCUUUGAAGCUUUUGAGGAUGGACUCUCGAUUUCCAUGAUCUCUCAUGUGCCUUUAGGCUCCCAAGCCUUUGGUCUCAUAGCUCUCUUGGAUCCAAAAUCGAUGAACUCUUAUUUACUUAUUUUUGGCAUUGGGGAUUGCCGUGUUAUUGUAAUGUCUCAAACUUUAGCAAGUUGCUCCUUCUCUGUACUGAUACUAGUGUUUCAUAUUGAAUGA